UAGUCAACAUGCUGAUGGCGACGAAAGACAACUGCGCAGCGUCCGUGAGCCAGUCACUGGACCGCGUCAUCGACAUCCUGCGGUCUACUGAACUGUACAACCCUCAACUGAGUGCCAGCAUGGGAAAAGCCGAGGACCAGAUGACAUCAGACCUGGUCGCGGGACUCACUUCCACCGGCCAGAAACCGACGGGCGUCCGGCGACUGUCUCACGAGACUGCGCUGAUGAAAGUGAACGUGGUGAAGGCGACGCCGUCGACGACGACGACGGCGCACGGCUGCCUCUCGCCCAGCCUGGCCGCAGCACCUUCCAAGAUCCGAGAGCUGCUCGAGAACGACGUCAAGUGGGACUUCGACAUCAUCGAACUGGAGUCGCACACCGCACGACGGCCGCUCAUCUGGCUGGGUAUGUCCGUCUUUGCCAAAUUCAGCGUCCACACCAGUCUGGAGUGCGACGACACCAUCAUAAGUAACUGGCUGCAGCUGAUUGAGUCGCACUACCAGGACAACCCGUACCAUACCUCGACGCACGCGGCAGAUGUGAUGCAAGCAACGGCGUACUUUCUGCUAAGGCUGAGAAACAAGGACAUAUUUGACCCGCUAGACGAAGCCAUCUGCCUCCUGUCGGCCGUCAUUCACGACGUCGACCACCCCGGGAGGUCAACUCCAUUCCUCUGUAACUCCCAGGACCCGCUAGCCAUUCUCUACAACGAUCGGUCGGUGCUCGAGACUCACCACGCAGCAUUGGGCUUCAAACUGACGCUGUCGGACGAGAAGGUCAACAUCUUCCAAAACAUGGAGCGUGACGUCUACCGUUCGGUGCGAGCUUCCAUCAUCGACAUGGUGCUGGCUACCGAGAUGACGAAGCAUUUCGAGCACCUGUCCAAGUUUCUCAACGCCUUUCAGAAACCCGCCCAAGACGACGACGCGUUUGGACCAGAGAGCACACAAGACCAAGGAGAAUUCGGAUCGCUCCGCGCACCGGAAAGCAUCGUGCUCAUCAAGAGGAUGCUCAUCAAGUGCGCUGACGUCUCCAACCCAGCCAGGCCCAUCGAACUGUGCAAGCAAUGGGCGCAGAGGAUUGCUGAAGAGUACUGCUCCCAGACGGAUGAAGAAAAGCGUCGUGGGCUGCCCGUGAUGAUGCCUGCCUUUGACCGGGCCACAUGCAACAUCGCCAAGUCCCAAACCGGGUUCAUCUCCUACUUCGUGCGCGACAUGUUCAAGGCGUGGUCAGACUUUGGAGAUUUCCCCGAGCUCUUGGAGAUCAUCGAGAAGAACUUCAUUUACUGGAAGGACAAGGAGCCGCCUCCACCUCAGUAA